AUGAGUCAAAAUACUUUACAAAAUAAUCAAAAUGAUCCCACUUUUAUCGAAUUCAGUAAUUUGCAAUCUACUGUUAUUCAACCGGAAAAUUCUUCUUCGAAUUAUAAUGUGAACGUCAACCCUUCUAAUAAUAAUUUCCCAACAUUUUAUACAAACACCAAUUACUUAGAUCAACAAUCCACUUCCAAUACUUCAACUACGUCAUAUGCUCCGCAGUAUGUUGUUCCGCAGCAGACUACUGAAAAUACUCUUCCACUUAAUUUAUUUAACAUGACUAAUGUUAACCCUUCUCAAUCUCAAAUCCUUAGUUUUGAUAUCCCUGGAUUUAAAAUUAUCGUCAUACCUACUUCUUCUUCUCAACAAGAUAAUAAUUAUUCAAAUUACUCUUCUUCAGAUGUCACGAAUACUCAAUUUACUCAAUUUCAACAAUAA